AUGGUUCAGCUUCUGAAUUUUGCCAAUGCAGUUGUUGAUGGGAGUCCUUCAGCUUGGCGUUUGUUCACAAUACUAGACAUGUUUAAGGCAUUGGAUGGUUUAAUUCUGAAAUUCCAGUCAUUAUUCCCUGCUUCCUUCAUGAAUGAAGCAAUUGCAGUAAAAAACAAAUUGGGAGAAGCUAGCAGAGACCUCUUCAUGGAAUUGGAUAAACUAAUUUUUCGUAUCCCAGAGGUAGCUGCUGCUGCUGAUGGCCGGCUUCAUCCGAUGACAACUUGGGUGAUGAGAAACCUCUCUAAUGCUUGGAGGUCAUGGAGGACACAAGAGAAAAUUUUCCAUCAAUACCCUAAAGGUACUAAUGGAGCGGGAACUUCUUCAUUUACAGCACAGAUGGAGCGAAUAAUUAAGCUAUUAGACAGAAAAUUGGUAGAGAAGUCCAAAAUCUACAAAGACCCUGCUCUGAGCUGUAUUUUCAUGAUGAAUAAUUGGAGGCAUAUCGAACGAAUGGGUGAAGAAUGGAAAAUGGUAGUCAUUUCCGGCAAAGAUUGGUUCCCAAGAAGCAGAGAACUAGUUCAUCAAAACCUUGAACUCUAUCUAAGAAGCUCAUGGGAUAAGGUGUUUGACUUGUUGAAGCUGAACAACAAUGAGUUGAUGGUGUCCGAUGUUGAAGCAGAAUUAAUGAAAGAAAAGCUCGAUUUGUUCAACUUCUGCUUAGAGCAGAUGUCCAGAGUUCAGUCCACUUGGCGUGUUUAUGAUAAUAAGCUAAGGGAAGAGAUAAGAACAUCUCUGGAAAAUGUCUUGCUGCCAGCCUAUGGAAUCUUCAUAGGGAGGUUCCAAGAUGUACUUGGUAAGCAUGCUCAUAAGUAUAUUGAGUAUGGAAUGUUUGACAUUCAAGAACGACUCAACAAUCUCUUUAAUGGAGGCAAAAUGAAUCAGAGUUUUGAUGAACCCUCUGUUUUCUUGGAAGCAAAAUGA